AUGAACAACUUCUUUGCAAAUAUCAAAGAUUAUUUGCACUCUGUAACGACGAGCGACCACUAUGCAAGUUACGAUCCGUCACGGCCCUCCAACACGUCGCGGGACCAAGAGCAGCCCCUCAACACACAAUACCCCUCAUACCCACGCGCUGCCGGCCAGCGCGUUGCUGGCUACCAACAGGGCAGCCGUUCUGAGCAGCUGAACAGUGGCGCGACGCCUGGCGAUAUUCCUAUGGCCGACUACGAUAUGUCUGCCGUGCCCGCACCUACCAUCGCGUGGGAGCGGAUUGACAAGUGGAUUGAGCAAAACUAUGCUGAGCUGUUUGACCAGCUGCAGUAUCCUGCCACAAACAAUGAUCUCGAUGAGCUUGAACAUGACCUUGAUUGCCGUCUUCCUCCUGAUGUCCGUGAGUCUUAUCUGGUUCAUGAUGGUCAGGAGCGAGGGGGCCGGCCUACUGGAUUGCUUUUUGGCAUCACCUUGCUGGAUAUCGAGUCUCUAUCUGAAGAGUGGUCCGUCUGGCGUAACACUGCUGUUAGAAUUAAUGACUUGAAGAGCCGUGCAGCCGCGGGCAAGCCCCGCACUGCCCGCUCAGAGUGGGCAGAGCGUCAGUCCUCGGUGCCCGCAGACAGUGUACAGGCUGUCUACGCACAUCCGGGCUGGAUCCCAUUGGCGAAAGAUUUCUGCGGCAACAACAUCGGCGUGGAUCUUGCUCCAGGCCCCAAAGGUCGCGUUGGCCAAGUCAUUCUAUUUGGCCGCGAUUUCGAUACCAAGUAUGUUGUUGCAGAGUCUUGGGGACAUUUCUUAGACCAGUUCGCUACCGACCUCGAGUCUGGAAACAGCUUUAUUGACGAGGAUAUUGAAGAGGCAGUUUUCGCUUACCGUCUGCCCACUGGCAGACUGACCUCCUACUUUACUGUUCUGAGGUCCCGCAUCGAGCGUCAAUAUCGCCGCACAAAGCCUGCUGCUUCCACCCCUCAGGAGCGGUCCACUGCAUCUACUCCGGCGCUAAUCUCGCCUGCUGGCAGUCAGAUAAACUUGGCGGAGACCACUGAAGAGACUGUUAUAAAAAUGACACCCAUGCCCGAGGUUGCAGACCUCUCGCUGGAGGAGGUCAAUCCUGAGCCUAUGGACGAACCCACGCCAUCAGCGAGUGCUGCACCAUCAUCGAAGGAUAAGGCCGAACCCGAGGCAGAGCCGGAAGCAGAGCCGGAAGCAGAGCCGGAAGCAGAGCCGGAAGCAGAGCCGGAAGCAGAGCCGGAAGCUGAACCCGAAGCUGAACCCGAGGCUGAACCCGAAGCUGAACCCGAAGCUGAACCCGAGACGGAACCCGAAGCUGAUGAACAGGCUGCUUCCGGAGCAGAUGAAGACACUGUCGAGGUCUCAUUAGACGAUGUCGAGAAGGACACUAAACCCAAGAAAAGCAAAAAGAAGCGGGGUAAGAAGACUGCGUAA